GUGAAACCGGUGUAUGGAGCACGAUAUCCACCACUUUCGAAUGGUGUUGCUGAAGCAGGAGGCCGAACGGAAAUUGAAGUGAAUCGUGGUUCGAAGUUUAAAGAAUAUGAGGAAAGUUUAUUUGACGAUGGAAAUCGUUCUAGCGUAUCUGAUGCGUGGGAAAGUUCUGUUUCCUUGGACACUCGAGCGGCUAAGACCAGCGCUGAUAAAGUCCUCGAGCGUCAUGCAGCAAUGUGCAUGUACGACCAGAUUAUGCCACCAGUAAGUUCGGUACCAUCAAAAUACAGCAAAAUGGAAGCAAUGCAACGUCUCGCUGUACAGAAAGAACCACUUCCCAGUUCAACUGUUCCAGCACAUGGUGCAAAGACUUGUGCUCUCCCAGCAGCGGAAAUAUAUCCAAAACUUCCGAAGGUUUCUGCAGAAACUUCUGCAUUUUCUUCCACUGUUUCUGGAUCAAAUACAGCCAAGGGUGCUAGUGCUAAUCGCGUGCCGUCAAAUAGUUCUGAACACAGGAUUACAGGCUUCGGCCGGGAGCGGGAUCAUCUGAGGUUUGAACGUCUUAGGAACUAUCUCGGUCUCAAUUCAGACGGAACUCCCAGUGGUUCUGGUGUUUCUGAUCUUGAUAUUGAGAAACUUAGAAAGGACUGCUGGAUGGGUAUUCCUCAUAAGCUGCGUCCGAUGGUGUGGAGGAUACUAUCCGGUUAUCUUCCUACAAACUUCGAGAGAAGAGAAAUAACGCUUCAAAAGAAAAGGCUAGAGUACUGGCACUAUGUUGAACAGUAUUUCCAUACUCGUUUUGAAGAUCAACAUCAGGAAACUUUCAGACAGAUUCACAUUGAUAUUCCUCGGAUGUGUCCUCUUAUUCCUCUUUUCCAACAAAAAGUUGUUCAGGAGAUAUUCGAGCGCAUCCUUUACAUUUGGGCUAUACGACAUCCUGCAAGCGGUUAUGUACAAGGAAUAAACGAUCUUGUUACACCGUUUUUCGUCGUUUUUUUGUCUGAAUUUGUUUCUAGCGAUGUUGAAGUAGGGACUUAUGAUGUCGCCCAGCUUCAAAAAGAAACACUUGAUAUUGUUGAAGCAGAUAGUUUUUGGUGUGUAACAGCAUUGUUGGAUACAAUACAAGAUAAUUAUACAUUUGCUCAGCCUGGCAUUCAAAGGAAAAUUGUUCAGCUACGUCUUCUAAUGAGUAGAGUUGACAAGCAGUUGCAUGAACAUUUAGAAGAACAUGGAGUGGAAUAUCUGCAGUUUGCAUUCCGCUGGAUGAAUAACCUCUUAAUGCGAGAAAUUCCUUUGCGUGCUACCAUCCGACUUUGGGAUACUUACCUCAGCGAGCGUAAUGGGUUUUCGCAGUUCCACUGUUACGUUGCAGCUGCUUUUUUACGUAUGUGGUCAAAACAGCUUUUAGCUGAAAAAGAUUUUCAGGGAAUGAUGAUAUUACUGCAGAAUCUUCCGACUCACAAUUGGGGUGAUCAGCAGAUUUGCGAAUUGACUGCUGAUGCUUUUUCUCUUAUGUCAGUUUUCGAAGGUGCUAAAAAUCAUUUCACUUAA